CUGGAACUUUCCAGUUCAGACCAAAAACAUAUAAAUAUCUUGAUCUGUGUUAUCCGACUAUGAUUUGGAUGGUCAUUGUUUCAAUCCUAGAAAUAUAGAACAUCCCGGGGACCAUAUACCGCCGCAAUCAAUGCUCACUCCUAGGUGCAUUUUGGAAACAGAAACAUCCAAAAGACUGGCAUUCCCGCUACGAAUGGUAUGAGCCUAAGUUGACUAAUCAACUGAUCUAUUAAAACCGGCAAUAACCUGAGCCACUAAACUUUCCAUAGAUUCAGACUAACAACUUAGCUCAUCGCACGCUGAGGAAAUAUAUUCCGGGGUGACUUCAGCUCGCAAUCGUCGUACAAACCAAGACAUUGUUCUCUUCAUUCAAUCAUCUAUCUAAGGAUAUCAAACUUUUACCAUGGUCCCCAAGAUCCUUCCUCUUGACAAGGAAGAGCAAGCACGCAUCAGAAGAGAAGAGCGAGCCAAAAACUCCAUUAUCGUGCGCCAGCGAGGUGAGAAACUCCUUAUUCCAGAGCAGAUUAACUAUCACCCUCCGAUUACUAACAGACACAGCAUUCGAGAUCUACAAAAAUGACACGCCGCGAUGCUCAUACGAAGAAUUCCGCGAGCUGGAAAUAAACAAUCGCCUGAUGGCGAAUAUUUAUCUCGGCAUAGCUCUGGAUACAUGGAGGGUGCGAUACAACAAAUUCGUCAAUUUCCCACUUAGAAAGCGAGGUAAGAACCUUUCCCGGGGUUUUACUAUGGCAUAGCUGAUGUAUAUAGCUUUCGAAAACUACAAGAGGGAUAACCCAGAUACGCGGUUUCAGGGCAUGUCGGACUUGAUGAAUAUCGACCACCCGCUCACGGAUACCUAUUUUGAUCAUGCUGCACGAGAGCUGGAGGCCGAGGAGGAGGAGAGAAAGGAAGAUAGGAGACAGGAGUUGAGGGAGAAGAAGGGAUGGUUGCAGAGGACUUGGUUUCGAUUGGUACAUUGAGUAAUAAUAAGAGAACCAGACCAGACCAGGUUUUCUAGAACAAUAAGUUUGGCGAAUCGAAGAUUCGAGAUAUAAAAAAAUCGCGAGGGAGGUUCUUUUUCCUGCCAAUUUUACGAGUACACUGUACACUCUCCCGUUAAGCGAAUAUGUCACAACACUUCGAUUUUGCUGUAUUCUACCUCAUUAAAUGCAAAUAAAUAAUCCUGAAUAGCGCAAGAAUAAAUCACAGGUUUAACACCUA